AUGUGUUCAACAUUAGAAGAUCAUUACAAAGCACAUGCCGACAGCUGUCGUCAUGGUGAUUUUGAAAAAUCAUUUACAGACAGGUACAAACGCGAGUUUGGCUUCACGAUACCAGGACGUCUAAUCAUAAUUGAUGAUAUACGAGUACGUGGUACCGGUAAAACACAUAUAGGUGUUGACGAAAUUAUUAAAUGUUCUGGAAAGUCACCAAGGGUUGACAAUGUACAUGUUGUCAAAUGUUUUUUUGAAGAAGUUGGAUUCUUAGACACCAAUAUUUACAAGUUGAACGAGUUGACAUCAGGUCAUGAGAUAUCAGGACCAGCAAUCUUGAUUGAGACAAACAGUACAAUAUUAGUGGAACCAAAUUGCCUAGCAACAAUCACUGCGCAUGGUGAUGUGAGGAUACAGAUUGGUACUAGUAACAAAAAGACGAUUGAUACUGAGUUAGAUGCUAUCCAACUGUCUAUAUUUUCACAUCGAUUUAUGUCUACAGCUGAGCAGAUGGGUAGAGUGUUACAACGUACUGCUAUCUCUACAAAUAUUAAGGAACGCUUAGAUUUCUCCUGUGCCAUGUUUGGUCCUGAUGGUGGUCUGGUUGCUAACGCUCCUCAUAUUCCAGUACACCUUGGUGCAAUGCAAGAAGCAGUACAAUAUCAAAUGUCAGUGUUAGGAGAUGACCUCCAUGAAGGUGAUGUUAUUUUAAGCAAUCAUCCAAGUGCUGGUGGUAGCCAUCUUCCAGAUUUUACAGUCAUUACUCCAGUUUUCUAUAAAACUCAACCCAAACCAGUAUUUUUUGUCGCUAGUCGUGGCCAUCAUGCUGACAUUGGUGGAAUUACCCCGGGUUCAAUGCCACCACAUUCAAAGUCAUUAGACCAAGAGGGCGCUGUCUUCAAAACAUUUAAAGUUGUCAAAGAUGGUAUAUAUCAAGAAGAAGCAUUGAUAGAACAAUUAAUGGCACCAGGGAAAUUACCAGGAUGUAGUGGAACAAGAAAUCUCCAUGACAACCUGUCUGAUGUCAAAGCACAAAUAGCUGCUAACCACAAGAUAAAAUAUUCCCAGUUCGUUCCCACACAUGCGGAAGGUAGGUUGCCAGUUGUGCCAGACAAAUUCAAGAUGAUGGAAAUUCACAAGCCGGAGAUGUUAAUCAAAGUACAUUAUAUGUACUAUGGAAGUGUACGAAUCACCCCAAUUUACAUCACUGAAACUCGGUUACAGCAGAUGUCUUUCGAAGAUUUUGUUGGGCUAAUCAACAAAGAAAUUGAAUACCUCGGUCGGAUGGGAGCAACAUGCAUUCAAGUACUCGAUGAUGAAAACCAAAAUGUGAAUUUACCACGGAAUGACCGAUUUAAGCUUCUACUCACUGACAACAUAGUGCGCUCAAAUAGUGGGACACUGAAAUUACAAAUACACGUGGUGGACGGGAAAUCCCCAACGAUGAAGUCCUCUGUGACCAAAGAAUACGUAGACACCGACAACGACACUUCGAUGUCACGAAAGCGUAGACUUGACUUUGUCACGGAUAAUUCCAACAGGGUAACACCCACAAAAAUUCCAACGUGCAAAGCUCCAUCGUUACAGGAUCGAGAGAAUGAAUUAACUGACAAGUUGGACACACUUUCACAAAACAUGUUUUUUCAGAAAGAAAAAGACGUCAAGAAAGUACGAGAGGAAAUAAAAGAAAUUGAAGGGGAACUUUGA